AUGGCAGUGUCCAAUCGUGCGCAGCAGCGCCCCGCCCCUCCCGCCCCCAUGGGCGGGCCCCCUUCGCAUCAGCAGCGAUCCAGCGCUUGCGCUGGUGGCGCCACCGCCCAGCCGCGUCGCGCAGCGGACCGGGGCCGCUACAACUACUGCAGGCCGGAGAAGGCCAAGUUUGAGGAGGUGUUCCCCACGAUCACAGAGUGA